AUGGAAGAAGAAAAGAGCAGUAAUUCAUCAGCGGAAGAAACAGUAACCUUGAAUGGACUUGAGAGUGAGCUGAAGGAAGUCGAGUUGAUAGAUAACAAGAAAAGGCUCAAGAAAAUCGGACUGAACGUGGAGCUGCUGGAGGCAUUCAAGGCAGUGGGCUUGCUUUACAAGGAAAUCUGCAGGGAUCAUGGAAGAGUGCUUUGGUAUCGUGACACGAAUGACGCUAAGAAACUUGGGAUCACUGAGGCUUCACCGAUCUGUGAGCCAUUUAAGAGAGCUGGUUCUACGGAUGACGAAAUGGUGAUCACCACUGCUAAGGACGAACAUCCUGAAGGACACUACCGCCUCUCUCACCACACCAAGAACAGCAACGUAAAACGACCGUUGAAGGAUGGAACCCGUCGAUUCCUCCUUCAACAC